CAUUUUGUUCCCCAAACAAUUAACUAUACUCGUAAUUGCUCCUACGUGGGCCCCAACCAUUCCGGUCUGAUCGGAUCUGACCCGAUCUGGUGCGAUCUGUCAGACGCUUUGCCACGCGUCGGCGUUUUAAUUUAGCUGUUCUCUCCAUUCCGUUGCAUGUGCCCACCUGACACGCCCAUUUCCUUUGUGUAAUUUAUGCCCGGGAUAUGCUCGGGCCUUUUCAAAUUGUUUCAAAUAAAUUUCAGUAGCGGAAACAUUUAUUUAAACGACUGCCAGCCAGAAUCGCGGGGACACGCGUCAAAUGUCAUUUGACAAAGGAAAUUUUGAAAAAAAUUAAAAAUAGCAAAAGCGAGCAACAAGUGUCAUUGGGCGGAGGUGAAGAUCAAUUGGAGGCAUCCAUUUGGGGCUGCAACAAAGACAAAACCUGUCACAUUAACAAGAUGCCCACGCUAACCCCCCUGCGACCCCACCAAUCCUCUAUCUUCCCUGCAACUUGGGCACGCAUUAUGGGCCCCUACAGAUUCGGCUCAAACCGGGUUGCCAAAAAACUUCGCUUGGCAGAGUGACGCAGCCACUAGACGGGCGACGGGCGACGCCGACGCACAGCUGAGCGAAGGCGGAGCAGAGAGCCGGGCAGAGAGAACCCAAAGGCCGCAGAGACGGGGCGGCUCAUUCGUUGCGCGCUCGUUGAAUCGCCGAGACGUCGUUGAAGUUGUCGUCGCGUGUGUGGAACAAACAAAAUGAAAUAAUAAAUAUUUUUUUGAGAAAAAAAACCUGAUUUUUUCUAAACAAAAAAAUUGCAUAAAUAACAAAAAUUUUAAAAUUUAAACGCGCUAAAACUUGUUGAAGUAAAACUUUCCUCAUUGUUGGGGUCCCAGCAGUUUAUAGGAGGGGGAAGAGCCAAGUGGCGCCCAAAGGUUUAUCCCACUUUUCCGUUCUACCUGUGUGAGUGCGAGUAUCGUGCCGUGUCUGUGUGGGUGAUUGUGAUAUGUUAUAUGAUACUGUGAGAGUGUUUUAAUCCAUCUCCCUGAGGAGCUGCAUUGACCGACAAAACAUUGAGUAAAAUUCAAUUACUUAGAACGCCAGACCCUCUCUCAAAGGAAUACUCGGAAUACUACCCCAAGAUCCAUACGACAACGAACUCAGCGCGGACAAAGGAGGAGGAGGAGGAAAAGGUGUAGCCGACAGUGGAGGUGGGCAGCAGGAGGAGUAGGCGGCGCAGUGGAGGGAACGGGACACAACUCGACUCCAAUUGCAAGUCGCGGCAAUCGCAGACCUCAAAUUAUAUGCCAGCCGCAGCAUUUCCAUAAGAUUUUGGUGGAAACUGGCUGUGAACAAAGCGAAUUUCAAAUGUGAACCAAUCACAAAAAAAUACAGCAAAAAUCACCAAAAAAAAAAUAGCGUGCAAGAAAACAAAAAUAAAUUGUGAAAAGAAACAAGGCAAAAAAGUAUUUCCAAAUUUUUUGAAAGUGCAGUGAAAACGAAAGAUGAUUAAUUGGCAAUGAAGCAAAAUCGUUAAUGAAUAUAAAUUAAAACACCGAAAAAAUAUAUUCAACAAAAACGCGAUAAAACAUCUUGCAUGUUGGAAGAAAGAGAGUUUGGCGCGCUUUUAAACGCCGGCGAAUAAAGACGCGCUCGCGUUUUACUUACAAAAAAAAGCGGAAGAGAGGUAACAAACAAUUAAAAGCGAGUUCAUUGCAUAAAUUUAGCAAGUGUGCGUCGUGUGUGUGUGUGUGUUUGUGUCCAGGUGUCUAGUCUAUGUGAAAAUGGCAGCUUCGGAGCAGAGCAGCAGGCGGCAGCUGGAGGCGAUUUUUAUCGCCACACCCCCAUCAACCCCCCUGAUGCAACACAACUCGGUGACGCGGACAACUACACCUCGCGAACUCCCCACAAUGUAUCACUUUGAUUUCGCCGCAUUCAACACGGAGAACGAGUUGGAAGCGCCUGGAGGCGGGCAGGAGGAGGAGCCCUCUUCGCCACCACCGCCCCCGCUCACCAGUGGACUGCUGUUGCCCGUGCCCGAGAUAGUGGCCAUCAGCGCCAGCGAUCUGACGCCCUGUCCGUGCUGCAGUCGCACCUUCAACUUGAACGCUCUGCGGAAGCACGUCGUCAUCUGCGAGAAGACCUCAAAGAAGCGCAACAUCUUUGACUCAUCGCGACAGCGUCGCGAGGGCACAGUGCUCUCCACGUACGUCCUACCCAAAAACUUUGGCCUGCCCAAUGCCGACAAGGUGUCCGGAGUUCACACCCCGCUCGCUGGGAGUCGUGAUGCCGUAGGCACGGGCCCCACAAUGCCAACAGACAGUGUGGGCUCUCCUCUGCCCACUCGUCGCAAGUCCCAAACCGAGCUGGUUCGCUCUACGGCCCGAGCUUCCGUCCGUAGAGCGGGCGGCACAGCAACAGGAACAACAGCUGCUGAAACAUCACCAGCAGGCGAGCCAAGCAGUGUACCAGUCCGCGAUCGCUCGCUGGCCAAGCGCAUAAAGAGUGUGGCCUCCGAGCACUGUCCCCACUGCGAGCGCAACUUCAACGUGAAGGCCUUCGACCGGCAUGUGGAGUGGUGCAAGGAGAAGGCCAUCCAAGCCACCAUAAAGCUGACCAACCCCCAGGAGACGUCCAAGGCGAAGGAACGGCUCGACGCCAGGAAGCAGUACAGGCCGCCUAAUCUCAAGACCAAGCGCUCGAUCAACCGCAGCAAGUACUCCGGCAACCACGAGGAUCUGCUGGACGCCGGUGACAUGACGGCACCCAAGCAGAACCUGAUGUCGCUCUCCUCCAUGACCUCGUCCGUGCACAGUGAUAACGGCCUCAGUGGAGUUAGCGUCAGCAGCGAUAAGUACGAUCCCUUCCUCUCGGCCAGGCGUCAGCUGGAGGAGCUGUGCACCCCCGGCACGCCGCCGGAGGAGGUUCCCCCAACAGCCCCACCCAGCAUCUCCAUGACCAGUUCGUUGACCAUGCCGAGCAGCAGGGCAGCGCCGACCACACCGAAACCCACACCUGCCUCCAACUUUCGGCGCACCUCAUCCCUGCGAGGCCCCCGGCGGACACCGCUGCUGCCCAGUCGUCCCCUGUUUGCGACCAACUAUCGCCCCACCAUCCAGCGGGGACUCUCUGACGAGGGCCCCAUCUCCACGAACUUCCUCAAGCCGGAGGAGUACGACGAGAUGCCGGUACGCGCCGCCUGCGGCAACGACUUCCACAGUCCGCGAGUGGUGCGCCGCGAUACGAGUACGUCGAACCGCAAGCAGUUGCUGAAGCUACCGCUGGGCGUUGGCGCUGCCAGCGAGAAAACAGCUCAGGCACAGCCAGGCCGCAACGUGGCCAAGACCGACUCCCUGGCGGUGUUCCUCAAUUACGAGCACGAGCUGGAGCAGCUGAAUGCCAAGGCAGCGGAGGUGGCAGCCGCCAAUCAGCUGACCAGCAAGGAGCUGAAGGACAAGAGCAACAAUCUGAGCAAGCAGAACUCCGCCAAGAGUCUGACCGCCACGUCCACCAAUCCCGGCCAGCUGCCGCCCCUGACCCCGUCAACGCUGACACCAUCGUCUGCACCAGCCACAGCCCCAACGCCAGCGCCAGCUGCCGUCUCGGCCAAGGAGAACAACGAGAAGCGGAUGCACAACAACUACCAGCCCAUUGCCACACCCUUGCGGCUGGAGCCCAUCAGCAGACCAGCGACGGCGAUGCCAGCAGUCCAGCAGCCAGUCAGCGUGGGGGUGACCAGCCUUACACCCAUCAAGCUGGAGAGUAUCUUCGGCUUUGGCCGUCCGGCCGCAGUGGGCGGGGGAGAGUUCAUCGACCCCAAGCUGAUCAAUGCAUGCGACAAUCUGCACGUGUCCAGCGGGGUACCGUCGGAUGCCAGCUCCACGCCACAGCAGCUGUCGCAGAGCCGCAGUCGGAGCAGCUCCCAGUCCACCAUCACGUACGAGCGGCGACAGUCGGGCGAGGCGAGGAAUCUGCUGAAGCGCAAGAUGCGUUUGGGGCGCAAUCAGUUUCUGUACGAUGCCUCGCCGGAGGAUGCGGAUGCCUCGUCGGGGUGCUCCGCCGACGAUGAGGCCAAUCGAUCAUCGAUGGAGUACGACGAACAGUGCUGGCAGCAGCAGCAGAAGCAGCUGCUGGCCAAUCCCCUGCCGCUGGUCAUGCCGAUGGGCAACAUGCCCACCUUCGACGACUUUGACUUUGAGGAGUUUCUCUCCUCAUUCGAGAACGAGAAUGACGAUGAGCAGUUCCCGCUGUUCAAAGAUUGUCGCGAGUUCCUUCUGAAUCGCACGACGAGCAGGCAACGCUCGUUCCAGAAAGCGACUUCGACCCCACAACAGACAGCGACAGCCACACUGAGACCGGCCACCACCAGUAGCAUAUUUCAGCCCAAAUCACAGCCCACUAAAGACAGUCACGCCCACAGAUCCAACUCGAAUAGUUUGAAUGGCAAGGGAGACGAGAAGCUCCAGCUGCAGAUGCAGAUGCAGCGCCAGCAGUCGAAUGCUUCCAGUGUUGGCAGCCACGACGAAAAGAUGCCGCAGAAGAUGCAGCAGAUGCCAGUGCAGAUGGUGGGCAAGAGGCCAGCCGAGGAGCAGCAGAAGCGGGAGAUCUUCAUCAGCAUCGAGACGGAGACAAAUGAUCACGGGCGUUCCCCCAUCUCACCGGACUCCCUGCGCCACAUGGUGGGCAAUUCCCAGACGCCCAUAGACGUCCUGCACAUAGAGAAUGGCAACGAGCCGGAGCACGCACGGUUCAGAAAGAUCAGCGACACUGAGGACCCCUAUGUCGACGCCCAGGGAGAGCCUGAUGAUCGCGCCAGCCAGUUGACUGGCAAUGCCAACAGACUGACUCUAUCAUCGAGCGACUCCGUCCAGGUGAACAACGCCAAGAAUCUGAUCCAGCAAAUGCAGAGCGAGUUUCGGCAGAUGGGCGAGGAUGCCGGCGCCUCGAUUCGCACCCUGUUCAUAAGAAGGCCUGAACAGCAGACGGAUCCGGAGCCAGUGCAACAGCUUCAGCAGCUACAGCAGCAGGUGAAGGCUGGUUCCCCCAUGACACCCUCAGCAUCGGCGGAUUCCGACGAGCUGAGCAGCCUCGAUGGCUAUCCCAUGUCCUCGUCCCACUCGUCGCGUCGUGGCGCCAGCUCCAAGCUAAGCUCCGACUCUGCCUAUGGCAGCACCAAUUCCCCCUACAGUCUGUCGCGCCAGCGAUCCGGCGACCUGCAACCGGGCACACCACGCAACCAGAGUCUGCUGCGUCCGCACACGGCCAGUGCCAAGCUGCCCAGCGCCGCCAUGACUGAUGCCUCCACUCAGGCGCACAAUGCCUAUGCCACGCUCAAGGCACGUCAGAGGCUGUAUGGUGGCGGGGGCACCGGCAAUAACAUUGGCAAUGGCAAUACCGAUGGAGCCGAGUCCUCCAGCAGUGGAUCGGAGCACUCCCUGAUAAUGGCCACGCAGCAGCCGCAGGAACAACAGCAGCAUCAGCAGCAGCAGCACAACAGACCAGACAGCAACUAUAACUACCAGCAGCAACAGCAGCAGCAGCAGCACCAGGUGCAAUCCCAGCCAGCAUACAACAGCAACAACAACAAUAACAAUAACAACAAUGGGCAGAUGCCACUGACUCCAACCACAUCGCAGCAUUCCCUGCUGAGCAGUGCCUCCGCGUCCAGCCUAAGUUCGAGUACGAAAAUGUCCAAGUUCUGCCACGAAUGUGGCGGCAGGUUCAUCAUCGAGCACGCCAAGUUCUGCAUGGAGUGCGGCGUGCGGCGGAUGAUACUCUAAUCUCGGGGCCAAAACCCCACGUAGAUAUUGUUGGACCCCAUCUACAACCCACUCACACCCACCCACCCACUCAAAAAAUUGCACCGCAUCACACUCACACACUGAUGAUGGCUGCUGGUGGCUGAUGGGAUGCCUCCUGGGGUCCGGGGGUCUUUUAUAAGUGUAUACCAAAUGAAGUAACUCACACGCGAACGAAGCAGCCAAGGAGAAUGCUGAUAUGUCCUACACACAGAUAACUAAUAAUAAUAUAUUUAAUAUAUAUACCC